AUUUUCAAUUUAUGAAGUUGGAAGCACAAGUUGGAAUGUGAAGUUGUAACAGCUCGUGUUUUCUUUCUCAAAGAUUACAACUAUUUUAUUUGGUAAUGUUAAAUCAAAGCUAGACAAAAACUUUGCCUUCGAGAAACAAAAUUAACAUGUCUAAUGAAAGUUGUUACUACAGUCCUGGGGACAUUGCGGAGAACGAGAAAGAAAACAAUGCCGGCCUUCUCGCGCGAAACCUCAUGUCGGAGUUCCAGGAUGAAGUUAAAACUAUAUCAAAUAAAAAAGCAGAAAAUCGUGAGCCAAUAAGAAUAUACUUGAGGGUUAGGCCGUUUUCUCAAGAUGAGCUCAAGGCAUCAGAAGAUCAAGGAUGCCUUACAAUUAUGGACGACAAGACAGUUCUACUAAGCGCUCCUCGGGAUUCGUUUACUUUCAAAAGCAGCAAUCGAGGGAUUGCAGAACAAAGUCAUCAGUUUUCUUUCUCAAAAGUAUACGAUGAAAAAAUUUCACAAAAAGAUAUAUUUGACGAUGCAAUGCUGGGAUAUGUCAAAGAUUUCUUAGAUGGGAUAAACUGUCUUGUUUUCACAUACGGAGUGACAAACUCAGGAAAGACAUUUACAAUCCAAGGAAACCCCAAAAAUGGUGGAAUCCUUCCACGUGCUCUGGAUGUUCUGUUUAACAGUAUCAAAGGAAAGCAUUAUGAACAUAUGAAUAUAAAACCAACAAUGUAUCAAGAUGUUUCCAGUUUGACUCAAGAGCAACAAAACUACGAAGAAGUGCUCAAGAAAGCUGUUUUAAACGCAGGGCAAAAGCAUGACAUUGAUUUAUCAAUUUUGUGGAAAAUGAACAAUACCAUUCAGAGUGACACAUCAAUGAUAUCAGCUACCACUACUAGCACAUCAUCCACUAGCUAUAUCUCGGCGAAUGAUGAAGAUUACAGCUCAAUAUCUGAUGAACUAAAAGAGAGAGUUUGUGAUGGGACAGUCAUUGACAUCAAGUCUCAAGGACCAGUGAAAUUCAGUGUUUGGGUGUCCUUUGCUGAAAUUUACAAUGAAUAUGUUUAUGAUCUUCUGGACCCCACUCCUCUUGGAAAAGGAAAAAAGAGACCAACACUAAAACUUGGUGAUGACAAAAAGGGGAAUCCAUACAUCAAAGGAUUAAGGGAAAUUCAAGUCAACUCUGCUGAUGAGGCAUUCAAGGUUCUGAGGGUGGGUCAAAAAAAUCAGAAUAUUGCAGCUACAAAACUGAAUCAAAAUUCAAGCAGAAGCCAUUCAGUCUUCACUAUCAAAAUCCUCAGGGUUCUUGAUGUCGAUGAGCCCCACGUGGCACGUAUAAGCAGGUUGUCUUUUGUGGACCUGGCUGGAUCUGAAAGGUACUGCAAAACACAGAGCACAGGGGAUCGUUUGAAAGAGGCUUCAAAUAUAAACACGUCAAUCAUGACCCUUGGAAAAUGCAUCGAAUAUCUACGAUACAACCAGCAGCACAAAAAUCAUCCAGUCAUUAUCCCAUAUAGAGAGACCAAGCUGACUCGACUGUUUCAAGGGUUCUUUGUUGGGAAAGGCAAAGCCUGCAUGGUCGUGAACAUCAGUCAAUGUGCGUCUGUUUUUGAUGAAACCUACAAUGUACUCAAGUUCUCUUCCGUUGCAAAACAGGUCACUACAAAAGGUGUUCGAAACAACGAGAUGCCAAGACCGAAACAACCACCAAAGUACUCGCUUGCAAGUGCGACGCCAGUGAACAAGUUUGGAAAGCACAGUUUAAUAAGUAUGGGUUUCACCACGCCCAGGCCUAUCCAAAAGGAUAUUAUGUUUGAAUCUAUGUGUGAUGAAAAUGAUGAUGAACGCGUGCAGGCGCUCGUAAAGAGUUACGAGGACCUUCGUAAACAGUUGGUCGAUGAAAGGCGCAAAAAUGCAGUGAUGGAGCUGAAGAUAAGAGAAGAAGUUUGUUCCGAGAUGUCAGAUCAAAUUGUCGAAAUUGAAAGGAACUACAACGAGCGACUUCAGGAAGAGCAGGAAACGAUGGAAGAAAUGUGUGAAAGAAGAAUCGAGAUGCUUACGAAAUCAAUGAAGAAGGCGAGGAAGAAAAGAAGACUUGAGUCAGAAGACGACAUGUCCGAUGUGUUGCUCCAAGCAGAGAAGGCUAGAGUUAAGGAGCGCGAUGAAAUUAUACGAACCCUUCGUGCCAAACUUGCCGAGAAAGAAAUCGCCCACGAGAUAUAUAAACAAGCACACACCCCAGAGCAGCAUCCGAAAGUCAUCAAGCGUCUGCAAAGUGAACUUGAUGAGGCAAAAGAAACGGUCAAGGUGAACGAGAGCCAUAUUGAGGACCUUCAAACGACUUUGAAUCGUGCUCAAGAGGUCAUCGAGGAAAAAGAACUUGAGGUUGAAAAGUUGAAGGAAGUUUUUGAGUUAGCGGAGGGCAAAAACGAAUUGGUAGAGUUGAAGGCACUGCUGCAAGAUACGAGCAAAGCCUUGAACGAGGCAAGGCUCAAGCUCGAUGGAAGGGAUGAAAAGUUAAAAGAGAAGGAUAACAUCAUUGCCAAGCUCAAUGAACAACUGCGAUCUCUUCAAGCUGACACUCAUGGUGCUCAGCCAGAAAAAAAGAGAAAGUUGGUCGCUAAAAUUGGUGAUAUACGUAAAGAUUCUCUAAAGCAGGUUACACUCACCCCAUCAAAUGAAAAUGACGUCACAGUGUAUAUUAAAAAGCAGCUGCGUUCUUCAACGAGAAAGUGAAUGCUAGCCUGACUUUGGUGAGCCUUUCAAGAAAUGUGAAUUUUUUUUGAAUUUAUUUGAAGGUAGACCAACAAAUGAAGAAUAUUUGUUCAAUAUAAACAUACCUCUACCAAUCCGUAAUAAAAGGUAGAUCUGAUAUUUUUAGUUAGAAAGGAGCAUAUGGGUAACACCCCAUUACCCUAAUUUCAUCCAGAUGAAAGCUCCCCCUCCCGUCAUAAGAUAUUUGAGUUCGAGUUGAAUAGUUUUGUAAAUAGUAUUUUACUGUGAAAUUGAUAGUAUAUAAUCUUUCAAUGAUAAUUUCCCAUCAUUUAUUUCAUAUCAUUGA